AGAAAGAGAGAGAGAGCGAGAGAGAGAGAGAGAGAGAUAAAGAGAAAGAACGAUAGAGAAAGAGAGAGAGAGAGCGCGAAAAGAGAGAGAGAGAGAGAGGGGGGGAAAACAAAGAUGAGAGAAGAGAGAAAGAAAGAGAAAGAGAGAGAGAGGAGCGAGAGAGAGGAGAGCAGACGCAGAGCGAGCAGCGAAGAAAAAGAAGAGAGAAAGAAGGAG